UAAUUAUUUAGUUUCGCACCCCCUCUCCCAAAAAUAUUCUACCUCUCACUAAAUUCUCAAAUCGCGACGCACUCUCAUUUCCACCACUGUGCUCCACCGGCGCCUUCCUCCGGCCACCGCGAACACCACCAAGCUCCGAUUACGACCAUCAGACCGCUCUGAUUUCUCCCUGUUUGGAUUGUUCCCUCCGGCCUCCCCCUCAUCCUUCUUCAUCUGUUGCUGUGUUCUCUUCUUCCCAUUGUUGACAUCCGCUGACUCAGGGUCUUGGAUACGCCAGUUCUAGCUAAAGAAAUCAUGGCUUUUCACGUAGAUUUCCCUCACUUUUCAUGCUUAAUAGAGAAGCACUAUGCUAUUGCUCUUGUUCUUCUUCAACACAACCCACAACAUCUUCUUCUACUGAUGUGGUUCCAUCUCAAUCUAUGGUCCAAAGGGUGUGCUCAUUGGUGUGUGAAUCUUACAAUCAACAUGCCCACAUGAAAGUUUCACCUCCAAGACUCCAUCUCGGCAUUGAUGCUGAUUCUCUAACUCACGAGCAAGUUGUUACCGUCGUUGCUUCACUUGCAAGUGAUUCUGGUUCGAUGGUGGCCCUUAGUUUCUUCCAUUGGGCAAUUGGAUAUCCUAAGUUUCGUCAUUUUAUGAGGCUAUACAUAGUGUGUGCAACAUCUUUUAUUGGGAAUGGGAAUUCAAAGAAAGCUCAUGAAGUUAUGCAGUGUAUGGUGAAGAGUUUUGCUCAGGUUGGGAGGUUGAAAGAGGCUGUGGAGAUGGUUACUGAAAUGCAUAACCAGGGUUUGGCUCCAAAUACUGGGACAUGGAAUUGUAUCAUCAAGAUUACUAGUGAAUUAGGUUUGGUUGAAUAUGCAGAGAACUUGUUUGAGGAAAUGUGUGUGAGAGGAGUUCAACCAGAUUCUGUUACCUAUAAGGUGAUGGUUAUUACAUAUUGUAAGAUUGGCAAUGUUUUGGAGGCAGAUAGGUGGUUGACUGCCAUGCUUGAGAGGGGCUUUGUGGUUGAUAACGCAUCGUUUACAUUAAUAAUCAGCAAAUUCUGUGAGCAUGGUUAUGCAACCAGAGCGUUAUGGUAUUUUCGUAGGUCAAGCGAUAUGGGUUUGAAGCCUAAUUUGAUUAAUUACACAUCUAUGAUUGAAGGUUUGUGUAAAAGGGGUAGCAUCAAGCAAGCAUUUGAAAUGUUGGAGGAGAUGGUCGGUAAAGGAUGGAAACCUAAUGUGUAUACUCAUACAUCAUUAAUUGAUGGUCUUUGCAAGAAAGGAUGGACUGAGAAAGCAUUUCGGUUGUUUCUCAAGCUUGUUCGAAGCGAAAAUCACAAGCCAAAUGUGCUUACAUAUACUGCCAUGAUAAGCGGAUAUUGCAGAGAUGAAAAACUAAACCGGGCAGAAAUGCUACUGAGCCGAAUGAAAGAGCAGGGAUUAGUCCCAAACACCAACACUUAUACAGCUCUCAUUAAUGGUCAUUGCAAAGCAGGGAAUUUCGAAAGAGCAUAUGAUUUGAUGAACCUAAUGAGUAGUGAAGGUUUCAGUCCUAAUGUAUAUACAUAUAAUGCCAUUGUUGACGGCCUUUGUAAAAGAGGAAAAGUACAAGAGGCUUACAAAAUGCUUGAGAGUGGCUUUCAUAAUGGUUUGGAACCUGAUAAAGUCACCUACAGUAUUCUCAUGUCUGAGCAUUGCAAACAGGCAAAUAUCAAGCAAGCGUUGGCGUUAUUCAACAAGAUGGUAAAAAGUGGUAUUCAACCUGAUAUUCAUUCAUACACCACAUUGAUUGCAGUAUUAUGUAGGGAAGAAGGAAUGAAAGAAAGUGAGAUCUGUUUUACGGAAGCUUUGAGAAUUGGACUUAUUCCUACAAACAAAACUUAUACAUCUAUGAUAUGUGGUUAUUGCAGAGAAGGAAAUGUAACGUUGGCUAUGAAAUUUUUCCAUAGGAUGAGUGACCAUGGCUGCGCUCCAGAUUCUAUUACGUAUGGUGCACUUAUAAGCGGGCUUUGCAAACAGUCAAAGCUGGAUGAGGCUCGGAGUUUGUAUGACACUAUGAUAGAAAAGGGACUUAUUCCAUGUGAAGUUACUAGGGUAACUUUGGCUUAUGAAUAUUGUAAGAUAGAUGAUUGUUUAUCUGCCAUGGUUAUUCUUGAAAGGCUGGAAAAGAAACUCUGGAUACGGACGGCUAAUACCUUGGUCAGGAAGCUUUGUAGUGAGAGGAAAGUAGGCAUGGCUGCACUGUUCUUUAAUAAGUUAUUAGACAUGGACCUUCAUGUUAAUCGUGUAGCGUUAGCAGUGUUUAUGACUGCAUGCUAUGAAAGCAAUAAUUAUGCUCUUGUUUCUGAUUUGUCUGCAAGGAUAUACAAGGAAAAUCGUUUGGAAAUCAAAGCCACAAAAUAACAACAAAAAAGUACUAAGAGAGCUUUGGUCCCCUUGUAAGUCCUACCUAGCUUACCUCCUGAUUAAUCAGAGUCCAAAGUGGCUAUUGAAAAGGAGGGGUUCAGACCAGAAAAAAAAGUAUUUAAAUAGUAAUAUACAAUGUGCUUUCUAAUGCUGGCUGCACUUGAAUCUGUAAAUGGUAGGAUCUUGUGUUUGAAGUAGUAUUUGUGGGAUAUUCAUCUUGAAUUAGAGAUCAACAUUUUUGGGCCAUCAAAGAAAAAAAGUUGUGUCACUUCUAAGGUAAUCUUACAUUUUCCUCUCCCUAUUUAAAUUUUAGAAAUUUUGAAAUAUGAAGGUUUAUUUGAUUUACCUUUUUAUCAUCCCGUAUAAGUAGCAGUGACGAUGUUGUCAAAUUGCUUCCAUAUUCACCUUGUUUUGCUAUAUAGGCGGCAGCAUAUUUAUAUGGCGGAAUUUUGCCUGACUUCCAUAAUCAGUCAUCCGCUAUUGAUAACACUAAUAAGUGGACAACAAUACAUCAUACCCAACAGCAAAAAUUGAGUUUUUCUAAUGAUUUUUUUUUCACUUGCCAAGUUCCAUUUGAUAUGUUUGCCUAUCAUUCAGAUGCAUAUAAGCAAAGCUAUCUCUGGUUGUUAUAUGCAAAGUUUACAUUACUUCUAAAAUCUAAGCAUAUUCUUCCAGAAGAAAUCAAGGAAAUAAAGAGUGCUAUCAUUGUCAUCACUAGUCAUUGUUCUCUUGGUCUUUGCCUCUUUGGUCAAUAAACGGUAAUCUAUCACUGGACGGUAUUUUGUAAUCUCAAAGAACAGAGUUCAUAUCCCUUUAGGUGGCUGUGCAGGGCGGCCCUGUUGCCCCUGCACUCUUUUUCUCUCCUUUAUAAUCUUUCUAUUGAUGGAGAAAGAAAUAGUGAGAGAAAUUUCAUGCAUUUAUGUGGAAUCAUGGUGUUGUAUUUAUAUUAAUAAAACUUUUGCUGAGAGUUUUUUGAUGUUUAUUUAUGCAAUAAGGACUUGAAAGUUCUGAGUUUGCAUCUUA